AUGACGGAGCUACUGCAGCUCCUGCAGCAGGCUAGCCCGUUAAACGAUCCGAUUGCUCUGGAACGCAUGCACCAUCGAACCAAUGGCCCGACGGGUCGUCCGCUGCUCUUCCUUUGUCCUCUGCCGUCGUCGCCGUUGGUGCCGGGGGUUGAUAGCAAGUCGCAGAAGCCUCUCAGCAAGCCAGAGGAGAAGGAGGCGAGGACGAGGAGGAGCCUCGAGAGCGAAGAUCAGGAAGGCCUCGUGGAAGCUUGUCAAGUCUGA